CCGUACCUGUCACCAUCCAUUCCCAUUCCUAUCCCAUCCCACUCCAGUGAGCUCGAAACCGAGAGGGGAAGAGGAGGAAACGAUACAGUACUACAGGCAACCAUGGAGGUGGUGACUGGCAGCAACGGCGGGAGGCUGAACCCGUGGGCGGAGCCCUUCGUGCCGGGGAGCUGGUGCCGCCCCGCCCCCGUGCAGGCGGCCGCGGCGGAGGUCGAGGACUUCUCCCCCGAGUGGUGGCGCCUCGUCGCCUCCUCGCCGUCCUUCCGCGACAGCUGGCUCCGCGACUACGGCGACCUGGGGCUCCUGGACGCCGACGAAGGCCCAGACGACAGCGACGCCUUCUUCCCUCCGCCGCGCCACAACGAUGGGGAGGAGAGGAAAGGAGAAGCCGCCGUCAAGAAGAGCGGAGGGGAGGUGGCGCCCUGGGGGAUCGAGAAGUGGUGGCGGGCGCACGUCGCCUCGCCGCCGGAGGUCCCGAAGUAUGCGGAGAAGGCGCCUGCCAAGGUCCUGGGCGGCGGCAGGUUCAGCCCCCGCACAAUCCAGCAGCCUCGCUAAGGGACCGACGAACCCCGUCAUUCCGCGUCGAUCCAUCGAUCUUGGCAUAAAUGAAAGAAAAAUACUAGAAAAAACAGUAGUACUCCUAGUUGUCUUGCGAGCUCUCCUGCUCUCAAUUAGCCUUGCUUAAUCUUGUUGUGUCGUCGUAGUUUGAGUUUUCAGCCAAAGAUCGAGCGGAGGUCAAUUGCGCUGCGUAUGUGUUCAGUUGUCUGUAAAUGGUGUAGUGUGUAAUAAGAUGCAGUGAUACAAUGGCUAUUCCGUGCAAAUGGUUUUCCGGUUUU